AUGCCGAAACGAAGUGCCGAAGACCAAAUUGCGUUUUAUAGGAAAAAGAUUAAGAAAUUACAAACUAAAGAAGACAAACGUCGUAGGCGAAUCAUUGUGUACUCGGAUUCGUCAGAUUGCGAAGAAAAAUCUGAAAUCGGAACCAAUGUUACCGAGAACAAUGAAAAUAUCUUAAACACCGUUCAGUUGGAUUAUGACCACGUUGAUGAAAAUCUUCCAGAUUCAGCUCAAAGUGAGAUCACAGGAAAGGCGCCAAUAUUCGGACAGCCGUUGCCUUCUUUAGACCCAGAAUUUUUAAUAGCCUUAGGAGAGCUAGUUCCUGAACAGGUAACAUAUGGGGAAGAUAUCCAUCCAGAUUUGGCCCAGAGAUGGGCACCAAUCCUCCGAAGAGGUCUAACAGAAAAGGACCAAAAGGACAAAAUAAUCAAGGACUAUGCCACCCCACAAAACUGCAAGCUGUUUAGUGCGCCUAUUUUAAAUCCUGAAAUAGCGGCUGCUGUUUCCGAAUUUGCACGAACACGGGAUAAAAAAAUUGAAAAUUCGCAACAACAAAUAGGGGUAGGCCUUACCGCCAUAAAUAAACUCAAAAGAUAA